UGAUGGAGGAGAGAAGAUGGCGGAAGCGGAGUUUAAGGACCACAGUACAGCUAUGGAUAGUGAACCAAACCCUGGAACAUCUUCGGUAUCGACAACAACCAGUAGCACUACCACGACCACCAUCACCACUUCCUCCUCUCGAAUGCAGCAACCACAGAUCUCUGUCUAUAGUGGCUCAGACCGACAUGCUGUACAGGUAAUUCAACAGGCAUUGCACCGCCCUCCCAGCUCAGCUGCUCAGUAUCUACAGCAAAUGUAUGCCGCCCAGCAACAGCACUUAAUGCUGCACACAGCAGCUCUCCAGCAGCAGCACUUAAGCAGCUCCCAGCUUCAGAGCCUUGCUGCUGUUCAGGCAAGUUUGUCCAGUGGAAGACCACCUACAUCCCCCACAGGAAGUGUCACACAGCAGUCAAGUAUGUCCCAGACAUCUAUCAACCUCUCUACUUCUCCUACACCUGCACAGUUAAUAAGCCGUUCCCAGGCUUCCAGUUCUACCAGUGGCAGUAUUACCCAACAGACUAUGUUACUAGGGAGUACCUCCCCUACCCUAACGGCAAGCCAAGCUCAAAUGUAUCUCCGAGCUCAAAUGCUGAUUUUCACACCCGCUACCACUGUGGCUGCUGUACAGUCUGACAUUCCUGUUGUCUCGUCGUCAUCGUCAUCUUCCUGUCAGUCUGCAGCUACUCAGGUUCAGAAUUUAACAUUACGCAGCCAGAAGUUGGGUGUAUUAUCUAGCUCACAAAAUGGUCCGCCAAAAAGUACUAGUCAAACUCAGUCAUUGACAAUUUGUCAUAACAAAACAACAGUGACCAGUUCUAAAAUCAGCCAACGAGAUCCUUCUCCAGAAAGUAAUAAGAAAGGAGAAAGUCCAAGUCUGGAAUCACGAAGCACAGCUGUCACCCGGACAUCAAGUAUUCACCAGUUAAUAGCACCAGCUUCAUAUCCUCCAAUUCAGCCUCAUCCUCUAAUAAAACAUCAGCAGAUUCCUCUUCAUUCACCACCUCCCAAAGUUUCCCACCAUCAGCUGAUGCUACAACAGCAGCAACAGCAAAUUCAGCCAAUCACACUUCAAAGUCCAACUCAAGACCCACCGCCAUCCCAGCACUGUUUACCACUCCAAAACCACGGCCUGCCUCCAGCUCCCAGUAGUGCCCAGUCACAGCAUUGUUCCCCAAUUCAGAGUCAUCCCCCUCCUUUACCAGUGUCUCCUAGCCAGUCACAGGCAGCACAGCAGUCUGUAGUGGUGUCUCCUCCACCACCUCAUUCACCAAGUCAGUCUCCUACUAUAAUUAUUCAUCCACAAGCACUUAUUCAGCCACACCCACUUGUGUCAUCAGCUCUCCAGCCAGGGUCAAACUUGCAGCAGUCCACUGCUAAUCAGGUGCAACCUACAGCACAGCUGAAUCUUCCAUCCCAUCUUCCACUUCCAGCUUCCCCUGUUGUACACAUUGGCCCAGUUCAGCAGUCCGCCUUGGUGUCCCCAGGUCAGCAGAUUGUGUCUCCAGCAUCACACCAGCAAUAUUCAACCCUGCAGUCCUCUCCAAUCCCAAUUGCAACCCCUCCGCAGAUGUCGACAUCUCCUCCAGCUCAGAUUCCACCACUGCCCUUGCAGUCUAUGCAGUCUUUACAAGUGCAGCCUGAAAUUCUGUCCCAGGGCCAGGUUUUGGUGCAGAAUGCUUUGGUGUCAGAAGAGGAGCUUCCAGCUGCAGAAGCUUUGGUCCAGUUGCCAUUUCAGACUCUUCCUCCUCCACAGACUGUUGCGGUAAACCUACAAGUACAACCACCAGCAUCCGUUGAUCCACCAGUGGGAAUGCAUUUGAACCAGUGUCAUCUGCACAAAGUUUUUUCUCUUAAGGUUUAUCAAGUAGAAGAUGUAUGUGAAGAAGAAAUGCCAGAGGAGUCAGAAGAAUGUGUCCGAAUGGAUAGAACUCCACCACCACCCACAUUGUCUCCAGCAGCUAUAACUGUGGGGAGAGGAGAAGAUUUGACUUCUGAGCAUCCUUUGUUAGAGCAAGUAGAAUUACCUGUUGUGGCAUCAGUCAGUGCUUCAGUAAUUAAAUCUCCGUCAGAUCCUUCACAUGUGUCUGUUCCUCCACCUCCGCUCUUACUUCCAGCUGCUACCACAAGGAGUAAUAGUACAUCUAUGCCUAGUAGCAUACCCAGUGUAGAAAACAAACCUCCACAGGCUAUUGUUAAGCCACAGAUCUUGACCCAUGUUAUUGAAGGCUUUGUAAUUCAGGAGGGAUUGGAGCCAUUUCCUGUGAGUCGUUCAUCUCUGCUGAUUGAACAGCCUGUGAAAAAAAGGCCUAUUUUGGAUAAUCAGGUGAUAAAUUCUGUGUGUGUUCAGCCAGAGCUACAGAAUAAUGCAAAGCAUGCAGAUAAUUCAUCUGACACAGAGAUGGAAGACAUGAUUGCUGAAGAGGCAUUAGAAGAAAUGGACAGUGAGUUGCUCAAGUGUGAAUUCUGUGGAAAGAUGGGGUAUGCUAAUGAAUUUCUGCGGUCAAAAAGAUUCUGCACUAUGUCGUGUGCCAAAAGGUACAAUGUUAGCUGUUCUAAAAAAUUUGCACUUAGUCGUUGGAAUCGUAAGCCUGAUAAUCAAAGUCUUGGGCAUCGUGGCCGUCGUCCAAGUGGCCCUGAUGGGGCAGCAAGAGAACAUAUCCUUAGGCAGCUUCCAAUUACUUAUCCAUCUGCAGAAGAAGACUUGGCUUCUCACGAAGAUUCUGUGCCAUCUGCAAUGACAACACGCCUGCGCAGGCAGAGUGAGCGGGAAAGAGAGCGUGAGCUUCGGGAUGUGAGAAUGAGGAAAAUGCCUGAGAACAGUGACUUGCUACCAGUUGCACAAACGGAGCCAUCUGUAUGGACAGUUGAUGACGUCUGGGCCUUCAUCCAUUCUUUGCCUGGCUGCCAGGAUAUCGCAGAUGAGUUCAGAGCACAGGAGAUUGAUGGACAGGCUCUUCUCUUGCUAAAAGAAGACCAUCUUAUGAGUGCAAUGAAUAUCAAGCUAGGCCCGGCCCUAAAGAUCUGUGCACGCAUCAACUCUCUGAAGGAAUCUUAACGGGAUCAUGAGGCUUUGAAAUAACAGCAGUUUUAUUCUUAAACAAACUUGUAAGGUAAAGGCUCAAGUUGGCCUACAAUAUUAUCACUUACUGUGAUGGAUAGCCAGGCACAUUGGGAUCUCUGCAUUAAGGCUGACAUUUCUUCUACAGAUAAAAUAAUUCAUUAUAUUGAUACAUUUUCAUAAUUAGCUAACAUUGGUGAAUUAAUUUUACAGGUUACACACAACAUUGAAAGACUUGUUAUAGAGGGCCAUGAUAUUUUUCAAAGUGUUUUACUAGAUAAUUUUUUUAAAGGUGAUGUUUAUCAUUAAUAUAAAAAAUCCUUUUGAAAGUAAUUUAAUGAUUUACAUUUCUCCUCUUUUGAUUCGGUUUUCUUAUACACUUUUCUACCCUAUAAUUUUUCUAUGGGUUUUCGUGAGAGAUAUAAUUUAGGAGUGAUUUAGGAAUAAUUUUGGAGUCCAGUGACUGGAAUUGUAUGCAGUGAGAUAUCACUGUAUGUUUUAAAAAACAUGUCUUUUAGACAAUUGCUUUGCCUAUAAAAAGGAUUGUAUUCUAGCAUGAAUAAUACUGAUCUGGAAGUUAGAAGAUUUGGUUUCUAUUCCAAACUUGACCAAGAAUUUGGUGUGACUGAGGAAGUUAGUUUUCCUCUUAGUUUUUGUUCUUUUAGAGCAGUGGUUCUCAACAGAGGUCAGUUUUGUUCCGCAGGGGACAUUUGAAAAUGUCAAGGGACAUUUUGGUUGUCAUAGCUUAGGGGUUGCGGGGGGUGGGUUGCUGUUGGUAUCUGACGCGUGGACAGGGAUGUCGCUAAAUAUCCUACAAUGCACAGGGCAGCCCUCUACAGCAAAGAGUUAUCUGGUCCAAAAUGUCAGUAGUGCCAAGGUUGAGAAACCGUAACAUAGGAGGGGUAAAUGUUGGUCUUUUUCACCCAGAGGGAUAUUUUGAGAAAAAAAAUUUUAAAAGGGAGGUAAUAAGGAAUACGUUGUACAAUGGAAGUAUUUCAGAUAGCAUUAAUGUUCUGCUAGAGUAUUUUUCCCAGUUUUAUGCAUUCUAGAAAAAGGGGGAAAAUCUGCCUGUAAAAUGAGGACUAGCAUACUUAGAAUUUUGACUCUCAGUAUUGAGUCAUAAUAACAAUUAUCUUUCAUAUCUCUCUGCACUGAUGAAGGCAUAAUAUGAUUACGCCUUAUGAACCAGUGCACAGCCUUUGCUGGCAGGGCGAUACUUUGUAGUGGCUAUGUGGUUGGUCUUUGGAUUUUUCUAGUGUUGAAAAAGCUGGAUCUAGCUAGAAUGCACAUUCCUUUUUCCUUGACUAAAUCCUUGUAUGCUUCCUGCAGAGCAGUUAUCCAACUGAUCUCUCUUGGAUACUUGGAUCUAAUUUUGUACGUACAUGUUUCAGGGAAAAAAAAUUUUAAAGCAAAACCUUUCAUUGAACAAUUAGUGUUCUGUUAGAAUUAUGGCACUAAAAAUUGUGGCAGGCCUGUGAACUUUAUAGUCCUGGACAUCAAAAAUGUUUUAAUCUUUUUUUAAUCUUAUCUUUACCAUACAAUGGAAAUGUUUUAAUAAUUGAAGGAACAUACACAGAUAUUUGGCAGAAGUUCAGUAAGUGAGGAAGAGUCCAUGGGUUUCAGUCAUUGUCACUGAUCUUUUAAAAAAGAUUGUUACGCUAGUAGAAGACUAAAGAUGUCAUUAAAGACAUCACAGAUAUUUAUCUUUUGGCUUUGUGUACAUUAGAGAAUGUUGAUUAUUUUUAUACAAAAAUACAGCGGGUAAUUUUUUUAACCUUUAGAUGCCUCUUGUUUGAAUGUAUGCUUCGUGGGAUUCUUUUGUGUAGUAAUGUUUAAAAAAAAAGACAUUUACUGAUAGUUAUGUGUAGGAUUAGAAUAUGUAAUAUAGUGUAAGGCUCAUGUUCCAGACCUACAAUAGCUUGUAGUCUAUGUCACAUAUUUCUGUAUAUCACAUUUUUAAUUAUUGGAUUACAGUUUCAAGGAAAGGUAGGUACUCUACAGUUAAUUUUCAUUUAUUAGCAGUUAAUCAUUAUGACAGAGUUGUCAUAUGCUUUGACUUUUCCCCUUAUCUUGUAAUUUCAGAACACAAGUAUAGGUUAAGCAUUAGUAGGAGAUGGUCCACUGUAUGAGGGCUGAAGGGCACAAUGGAAAAUCUCCCCUGGAAUUAAAACUUUGUCACAGAUGAUCCACAAACAAUUCAUACAGAAUUGAUUCUUUGGGGAUAGACUCCCCUGGCAAUAAUGAUUACCUCCCAUAACUAUAUUAUCUAUAUAUAGCCUUUAAGGUAUUAACUUGGAACUGUGGUCCCUCUUCUGAUAUCAGUCAUUAUGUACUUACUGAAAGACCCUGUGCGUAGCACUGUGUUAAGUAUCCGAGAAAGCUUACAAGAGGGGUUUCCAUUGGAGAGCACCUUAUAAUCCUAAAUCUUAUAAUAAUCUUAAGAACAGUCCAGAUCUUCUGUUGUCCCUACUCAAAACAUACCCAGAAAAUAUACUUGCUUUUUUCAAGUUAUUUUAUUUAGAAAUGGCUCAUUGGCUUUUAACUAGUAGUUUUCCCAUUGAUGCAGCUGUUUCUUUCUGGGUGAUUUAACUAUCUGAAUUUCAAAAUUUCAGUUAUGUAUAAUGUAUAUAGAUGAUAACACUGGGUGUCCACUUCUCUCCUGAGCUUAAAGCACAGUUUUAGUAUGAAAUAGGUGGGGAGAGUGCUGUCAUUUUCAUUUUCCUUCAUAUUACUAGUUGUUUUAGGAUUUUGAUUGAGGAGAGGGAAUGACAAGCAGAAAAGGGUAGGUACAUGGGAAGUUCUUCCUACUUUUGCUACCUAAGUUUGCAUUUUCUGACUUCUUUAUACUGAUGCACUCUUUUCCCAUUGAGGAAGAAAAUCCCUACAAGUUUGAAAUUUUAUUUGCUUUAAGCCAUGUGUUCCUAAGAAAGUACACAGAGAGCUGGUUUAUAAAAGUUGUUUCUUACAUGAUGUGCAUUUUCAUCAAGCCUUGUGUAGGCAUGUGUCUGACACAGCUGUGCAGCUUUGAUAUAUAAUCAGUGUAAGAGUGCUGUCCCACAAGCUGUCACUUUUUAAGUGGCUGGUAAUUUUUCCAUGAUGGUACUUUUAAUUUGCUGGCACAUCCUCUAAACAGACAUUUUUUUAAAGUCCCAGUUUAAGGGCAUCCCCUCAAUAGAGAAUGGGGAAUAGAAGGAAAGAAAUAUUAGUGAAGGAGCUUGAGAAUGGUGGAGAAGCAGACAAGAGACCUGGCACUUUGUUAGUUUAUCCCACUUCAGCGCUGAACAAAUUUCUGCACUUUUGAAGUUAAUAUUCAUGUUUUACCUAGUUCCAAAUAGAAAUUAUUUUUUGUAGGUAGCCCACUUUAUUUUAAUUUUUGACAUAGUUUAUCUUCCCAUAUCCAGUGUAAUAUUAUAGUCAAACAUUUAUUCAAAUACCAGUCUUGGAUUGAAAUCUGUCCAAGUGCCCCAUAUCACUGGCUUGUUCAAGUAAAUGUUAUAAAGUCCCAUUAUUUGCAUUUGCAGGGUUUUGGUACCACCAUGGCACAAGUAUGGUAAGGAGGCAAUAUAUAGAUUGAGUAUAGUCUUAGGCUGUGUUUGCAUGUGUGUAAACAGUCUUGGAAAGAAUAAACUAUUGCACAUAUAUGGGAAUGAUGCUAUCCUCAUAGCCAUAUCGAGUGGAAGAAAUCCCUGGCUAGACACACUGUUAAAACAUUUCAAAGAUAUAUUUUCGACCAGAACAGCCUGGUUAUAUUUUGUGGUUUGAAGAUUCUCACCCUUAGUGAAUGGCAGGAACUCAUGCUGCCUCUGGGAAGUGGGCAUUGAGCAUUACUGCCUAUAGGAUGAAAGAGCCUCACUCCCCUUACCUCCUCAAGCCCCAGGGAAACUGCGUGAAAACUUUCUUCUUAGAGAGACCUUUGCCUGAAAAUCCCUACAGAGGACUUUGUAGUAGGGUUAAUUUUAGGGAGGUAACUGGGGCAGGAAUUUCUAAUACCUAACAGUCAUGUCUUCGUAAACCCUCUGGGCAGUGGAAACUGGCUGGCUAUUUAUGUACAAUGUUUGCUCAGUCUGUUUCCUUUGCAGGACAUGUAACUAUAACGGGGCCUUGGGGAAGGUUUUCUAGGGGAAAGGACAGGGAAGUGGAGGAGGAGACAAACGGGGAAAAGCAUUCCAGACCCAAGAGGAUAAUAUGGUUAACUGAGUGAGGUUGUAUAGUAUAGAUUUGGCCAUCAGUAGUUCAGAAUAAUAAAUUGUAAUGGUUGGGUCCCAGUUAUAGCAAUAAACAGAGUAUAGUUUUUUUUAUGUCAAGAUUUACCUGUAAUCAAACUCAUUCUUUUACUCUCUUUAUCAAGAUUUUCUGCCCUUAGGAGCAUAUUAAUAGUUCCAAUGAUACAUAAAUUGGUGAUUUUUGACUUCUGAAAAAGGUGACAAUUAUUAUAGGUGGAGAAUAUUUGUCAAGAACUCAAAGGUUAAUUGUUAUAACUGAGUUAUCAGAAUUAUAUAGAGAGAGUAUCCAUUGUCAGAUACUACAGUUGAAUCAACCUUGUGGAUUGUUACAAAGAAAGGCAUUUUUAAGAUUUUUAAGAUAGGGUUUUGUUAGGUUGUGUCUCAGUCUAAGAGUUGGAUGACUCAGAGCUAUAGGGUUCUGUUUAUUAGCGUGGAUUUCAGUAAACACAAGCCUACCUCUAUUUGAUGCACAGUAGUGUGGAUCAUGAAAUGAACUGUUUAAUCUACAUUCAUCAAUAUUGGUAUUUUCUGAAUCUGUUUAGAGCAUUUGAUUUCAUCUUAAGAAUUGUGAUUCAAUUAAAUAAGCACAAAUACAAUAUUAGGGAAAGUAAAUAUGCAAUCUUACUAAAAUUUAAUUUCGACCUAUUAUAAGCUGUACAUCUUAAAAAAAUUCUUUGGGAAGAUAUUCCUCUUUUGUUAGAAGUUCAUAAAAUGUAUCAUUAUAUAGUUUCCCUCAUAGCACUAAUAUAAGCCAUUUCUUCAAUAAAAA